CCGUCCCUGAAGCCUGGGCCAGCAGGUCACAAGGUCCUUGGCUCCGGAACGAAAACAGAAAAUGGUGCAGCUUACGGUCCAAUCGAAGUUGAACGCGGUCGAGGUGCCGAUGUCAGUUGUUGUUGAAGGAGACCCGGAUGGACGUUGGCGGCGCGCGCAGGAGCGGAUCAGCAAUGGGCCGUAAUUCAGCUUCUGCAGGAAAACGCCAGGAUCCUAAAACAGAUGGCUCUCCGCCAAUUCCAUCAGUAAAUGAGCGCCUAGCUUUUCUUCGUCCUUCCCGGGAGCUACUUGAGUAUUACCGUAAAAAGAUUGCAGAGUUUGACGAGGAACAUGAAACGCUCUUAAAAAGACUCGAGAACUAUAAGGCCACAUAUGAAGAGCAGCAUAAACUCCAGUGGGAGAUGCGGCAGAGGGAAGAGGAAAUUGAGGAGCUGCAGAAAGCGCUUAGCGACAUGCAGGUUUAUCUCUUUCAGGAACGUGAACACUCACUGAGACUCUAUGCCGAAAAUGACCGGCUAAAAAUCAGGGAGUUGGAAGAUCGGAAAAAGAUGCAACACCUCUUGGCACUUAUUGGUCCUGAAGCUGAAACAGUCACAUACUUUCACAGGGAGCCUCCACACAAGGUCACUGUUCCACAACAUACUGUGCAGCAUGGUCGCACUAAAGUUACAUCGUCAAAGAGGGGUCUUAAAGAAGUAGCAUCAAAAGUGACCAGAGCUGUUAGCCCAACUAUCCCAGACAACUAUCAGAGAGAUAAUCAAACUCUAUUACUACAGGUUGAAGCCUUGCAGUCUCAGUUGCAGGAGCAGACACAGUUGGCGAAAGAACAAAUUGAUGCAUUGUUGGAGGAUCGAAGGAUUCAUAUGGAGGAGGCACAUGUGCAGCAUGAACGGGAUAAAGACAAAAUCAAAUCUCUGGCAGAGAAGUCAGAGCGUUCUGAUAAAACAGUGAAGCGUCUUCAACUAAUGACACAGCGAUAUGAGGCCCUAGAGAAGCGACGAGGGAUGGAAGUGGAAGGCUUUAAAAAUGACAUCAAACUGCUGCGACAACGGCUGAAGGACGUGGAGAGACAGCUGUUCAAGGUAACACUUGGAAUCGGGCCUGACCAGGAUCUUGCUAUCCUUCAUGAGGUGCGUCGAACAGUCAGCCAGUCAAGGCAUAUCCAAGGAGAGCUUAAGAAUCUGAAGGCAAAGAUUUAUGGCUUAGAAAGUCAGUUGCGAUUUGGCUAACAUUAUCGCAUUGAGAGUUCACCACAUUGUUUAAGUGUGUGGUCUGGCUGUGUCAGUAGCAGUAAAGUGAUCCACCGUUGGACAAGAUUUAUUUGUAGCCAAAUAAUAUAAUGUGCUUCUGCCAGCGUUCUGCCAGACGGACACGGGGGUGUCAUGUCCCACUUUGUUUUUUAAGAUAUGAGUCAAGGAUUGCUUACAAUUGUUUGAAUGUUUAGUCAAGCUUGUUAAACUUCACUUAAUUUCUUUUUGUUUCCUUUUUUUGUCAAUUCCCAUAAGUGUUGGGAAUUAAAGCAAUUUUCCAGGACAUUCAAUGGAGAUACUUUAGUUUUCCCUGAACUACAACUCUCCACAUAAAACAAAGGCCUGGCAGCAUCUAUGGAGGGAGAGAGAGAGAGAGCAAAAUCAAUGUUAGCCCUUCAAGUUCAAUAUGACAUUCUGCAGGUUCUGGACUCAAAAUGGUAAUUCUGUUUCCCUCCCUGCACAGACCAGUUGACAUUUUCCAGUACUAUGUAUUUUUAUUUCCGAUUUCCAUUAUUUGUAAUAUUUUGUUUUUAUUUACAGCAGCAUUCAAGAUUGAUGUUUGGUGUGAAGACUUUGUGUUUGUUAAUUUGAAAUGUCUUUAAUUUGCUUGGUGUUACAUGCUUAGUCUCAAGUCAGCUGACCUCCACACAAUGUGGUACAAAGGCUGCAAACUCCUGGUGUGCGAGCAGGGUCCUGUUCAUGUUGGGUUGGAGCAGGCAGCCGUUGGGUUUGAGGAUGGAGCGGGGCAGCCGUUGGGUUUGAGGAUGGAGCGGGGCAGCCGUUGGGUUUGAGGAUGGAACGGGGCAGCCGUUGGGUUUGAUAAUGGAAUGGGGUCCUGCUGGUGUGUGGGAUUGGAGCAGGGCCCCAUUGGGGUCCUGUUACCAUUGGUAUGGUAUCAGUUACCGUUACCAGUCCCAGAACACUGAAUCUAGUUCAGUCCCUAAAAUGUUCCCAUUCUGAUGAAGUAGUUCAGCCCAGAUUGGAAACUGAGCUAUACUUCAAAAUAUGUGACUUAACACCACACUGGAGUAAAUGCAUUCAUCCACUAAAAAAGAAAGGCAAUUUUACAUUUAACAAAAAGUAUCACUUAAAAAGCCACUCAGUUGUCAGGGCAGCAUCUGUUUGCAGCAGAAUUUGCUGAUUGAUUGGUGCACAAACCUUCCAUAUCAUGUCAGUCUCAGCAUAAAGAGGGGGCUGUCUCUGCAGAGGAGCUUUCUCUUCUCACAACUUGAACAGGAGCACAGGCUUGUAAGGCCUCAAAACUAGUGCUGUGAAGCUUAGUGCAUAGUGAAAUACUACUCUCUGUGCCUAUCAUAUCUCCAUCUCAGUAUGUUUUGAAGGAAAGGGUGAUAUUUUCUGAUAAAGUGUAUAUGCUGGAAAUUUCCAUUUAAGUGUGCAGAUAAGGUAUCUUGGAAAGUGACACUGUACCCCUUGAUGCCAAUUUGAUUGAAAGCUGUUUUAGUAUCAAUGAUGAUGGAAGGUGCAGUUUACCUUAGAAUAGUGUGUUGUCAGAAUUUAAUUGAUUUCAGUUGAAAUGAAUGUAAUAGACUGGUUGCAGCUUUGUGAUUGUGCUCAUAAAUUUGAGGGAGCUGAAUAUACAUUUGGCAAGUGAAGUAGUUUUGGGAGUAAAGGUUGGUACAUGCUGCAAACUAUAGACUUGACAUGAUGCUUCUUUUCUUAUCCCAUAUUAUUGCUUUGCUCUGAAUUAUGUGAUUUUGUGGUGUGAUCGCACUGAUUCAACACAUUAGUAUAUUCAAGUGGCAGCAGGGAAAAGUGGUGCCUCUGUACUUGUGACCAUGUAAAGUCAGUGUCAUUGUGGUUCAACUGUUGGAACUUCUCUUCCCCAGACGAAGGUUUAUUGUUUGAGCCUUGGCUGACAUUGCAUUAUUGAAGUUGUCCACAAGAAUGAGACCUUAAGCAUGAUCCUAACAUUUUGUUCAGUGAAUACAAAAAAUUCCAGUGACACUACUCAAAUAUAAGUAGUCCUCUUAUUUAGAAAUAAAAACUGACACCACCAGCAAUUGAAAAAUUCAUUAUUCAUCUUAUUGCUGUUUUCACAAAUCUUUGUGUGCAAGUUCUGUUUGCCAAGUUAGCUGGAAAAGUAAUUCACUUGUGUUUUCUUUGGCUUGUUGAAAGAUACUGUAUUUCUAAAUUCUUUCUUUUGAUAUUCAGUUUUGGAGUACCAAAUAAAGUUUUUUUCAACAUUA